CGCGCCGCGAGCCGCCGUCGACCUCCUCGUCAGCAGAGAAGUCUCGCGAGCGCUGUCCAGUGGAUGCGCAGGCGUGUGUGGGCCUGUGCCAACUGCCCGACCCUCACGCCACGCCGUCCGAAAUUCCUUUGAGCUGAAAAAUGGGAUACAGAUUUAACAAGAAGCGCGCGCUUUUGUUUACAAUAUCCGCCAUCUUCUCUGUCGCCGGCGUGGUGGUCUUUCUACCCGACAGGUCGUCUGAGGGAAACUAUGAGGUUCAAGUGAGGAAGAAGGAAUCCCCCGAGGAAACAUUGGAACAAAAUCCUGCAUCUGUUGUUGAGGAAGCACUGCCUCCGAAUCCUUUUAUUCUUAGCGAGGAUCAGGUUGACCGAGUAAGGCGCGUUCAAGCCGAGCGGUUAGCGCUGUUAGCGAGCGAGUGCAGCAAGGAACCCAAGCCAAACCGCGCUGUGUAUGAGAGGAGUUUCGCUAUACUGGCAAGAAGGUUCGAAAUCGUGGACAAAUACCGCGUCUCGAACUGCAUGGUGCUCAAGGCAGGAUUCACGGCGUGGAAUGCCCUCCUGGCCUACGUCCUCGGCAGGCAGGAUCUCAUCGACGGCCAUCAGACUUACAUGAUGAGCAGAAUCCUGAAGGGCAGCGCCGCCAAGUUCGCCUCCGUCAACAGCUCUCCGGACUACAUGAAGUUCGUGGUGGCGCGGGAGCCUCUGGCCCGCCUCCUCUCGGCCUACAGGGACAGGAUCGACGCCGCCCACGAGACGGGCGCCGCGAACCGCUUCGUGCCGCUGAUCCUCACCUUCACGAGGGGGAUGGGGUACAAACCAACCCACGCCAACGGCACGAGGAUCAUGCCCUCCUUCGAGGAAUUCCUGAGGUACAUCGUGUCCGUGGCGCCCGAGGCCCACGACCCGCACUGGAGGCCAAUCGCCCUGCAGUGCGGCGCCUGCUUCGUCAACUACACGCUCAUCGCUCACGCCGAAACCCUCAAUGAAGACUUGGGUUAUAUCCUCAGAGAGACGGGGAUAGAAAAGGACGCAGACUACACCAUCCUCCUGUACAACUCGCACAAGGGCAGAGGCAACACGAGCGACCUCCUGGAGAACUACUACAGCGCCGUCAGUCCUAAACUUAUGCAGAAUAUCCUCGCCGUCUACAGGAAGGACUUUACCAUGUUCGGUUACGACCCCUCGGACUUCCUGAAGAAACUAUACCCAGACGGCAGCGUGGCGUGGAAUCCUUAGGCUUGGUGACGAGCGUCUGAGCCCCUUUUGUGGGAAGGAGUGGAGGAAUGGGGGAGGUUUGGCGAGGCACUCCUACUACUCUGGUGUUUUAACAGCAUUCAGGGUCCUGUUUGGCUUAGUGAAGCGGUGAUUUAAUGACAGUUCCAUUUGUUUUUUUUUUUUUUUUUUUGUAAGGUUUUGUCUACCAUAAGUUGCAGAUUUCCCUCUUUGUAACUGUUUUUGUAAUUUAUUAUCGUAUUGUAUUUCUAGAGUUUCUGUUGUAUUUCAACAAAUCCUCACUUUGUCCACUUGCUUUGUUGUUGUUCUGUGUUUGAGUUGGUUUGUACAUUCACAAAGACGCAUUGUACCAUGAAGACCAAGUAAAUAAGUGCCGCA